AUGGAAGCCACUAACAGCAACCUCGGAGCGCAGCCUGAGCCAGAGGCCGUGGAACCAGAAGAGUCCGACAGCGCUGCUGCUGCUGCUCCUCCUCCUCCAUCAAAGAGGAAAAGGAAGCACAGGUGGACGCCAAGCAGGGUUACCAUUUGCCGCCACAAAUCGCAACUGAGGCAGGACACCAGGGUGUUAAAUGAGCAAAAGGGGAAGCCCCAAUGCCAGCCGGGGGACCCCUGCCCCACGUGCGCCCAACCUAGGACCCUGGACACGGGGCACGCGCUGUACAAGAGCAGUGCGUACUGCGAGUCAGAGGCGGGCCCUGGGGGCCUCACCGCUCGUGAGUGGCUAAUCAGCCAACAGGCCCCGGAGGACGCCGGGAAGGUGCCCAGGACCACCCUCUGGAACAUCGCCCGCAGGAAGGAGGUCGGCGACUCCUCUUCCCCUCGACGAAAAACGCACAAGCUGCGGAUCUGCCAGCGGUGCCUCCAGCCGGCGCAGAAAGAUUUUGGCCACAGCCGGUUCGACGGGGAGAACUUCUGCUCCCUCUACGCCGGCAAAGGCGUAGACCUGUGGCUGGCCGAGAAGAGGGACCGCAAGAGGCGAAAGCCAAAGAGGAAGCAGAGGAAGCAGCGGGAGGAGAGGAGGGCGAAGGGCCCGGUGUCAGCCCCUGGAGAGGAACACAGCCCCGGCAGAGUGUGAGGCUGCUCCUCCCCGGGAACCCCC